AGAUGUUGUUGAUAACUCUCUAUUUCUGUUUUUUCUAAAUUUUUGACUGUUUGAGUGUUAGAUGAUACUUUUCUGGAUUAAAAUAUUAAGCUGUUAUUGUCCUGUUAAAGAUUAGGAUGAUGAAGCCAAACAAAUCAUCAUUAUUGCCUGUUGAUCAAAAUAGGCACUCUCAUUCAAUUCAGUUGCUCUCAAUUUUUGUACUUCUUGAUAUAUUAAUGAUCUGCCUUUUUUCUAGCUGUCUAAUUAUUGUCGAUAGACAUUGAAUUCUCAGAUGGUUCUGAUUUCUAUUGCAUGAUUUUUUUUCCAGCUAUGGGUACAAGUACAACUAAGGUCUACAUAGUAUAUUACUCUUUGUAUAAACACGUGGAGAUGAUGGCACGAGAAGUGCAAAAGGGAGCUAAUUCAGUUGAAGGGGUUGAAGCAUCACUUUGGCAGGUACCUGAGACACUUUCAAAUGCGAUAAUGGAAAAGAUGAAGGCCCCUUCUAAAGCAGAUGAUGUUCCGGUAAUUAAGGUAGAACAACUAUUGGAUGCUGAUGGUUUUCUCUUUGGCUUUCCAUCCCGUUUUGGUGUAAUGGCAGCGCAAUUCAAGGCUUUCUUUGAUGCAACCGGUGAGUUAUGGGCAUCCCAAGCACUUGCCGGAAAACCUGCCGGAAUCUUCUGGAGUACUGGUUUCCAUGGAGGAGGCCAAGAACUUACCGCAUUAACAGGCAUAACACAGUUAGCACAUCAUGGAAUGCUAUUUGUUCCUCUUGGUUAUACCUUUGGGAGCGGUAUGUUUGAAAUGAAUGAAGUGAAAGGCGGUUCUCCUUACGGUGCCGGAACAUACGCAUCUGAUGGAAGCCGUGAACCUACGGAUUUAGAACUCGGACAGGCUUUCCACCAGGGGAAGUAUGUUGCCCAAAUAACAAAAAAGCUCAAAUCUUAGCUCUCUGAUGUCCCUAUAUACUGUAUGCACUGCAUUAACCUUUAGCAGAAGCAAUGAAAGGAUAUGAUUGUGAUUCUCUUAA